AUGUCAUUCGUGAGUUGGAAUAAAUUAACUUUGGCUGAACUAAAGGAGUUGUGUUUAACUUGCGGGUUAACCUCAGGAGGGAAUAAGAAAGAGUUGGGUGAAAGACUUCAUGCAUUUUUCGAAAAGAGAAAGGGUAAACAACCUGAUUCUGAAUUUGUUGCAGGAGAGAUGAGCCAUGACCCAUACAUUGAUACAGAAGGGGCUGGUAAUGAGUUUAGUAAUUGUGGUGAUAGAGUAUUUGAAAGAGAGGGAAUUGCCGAUUUGGAGGAGGAUUGUGUUGAAUUGAAUUCACAAUUUGCAGAUGAUAACAUUAGAGAUACGCUUGCAGCAGGAUUUCAAAGGCAGGAGCAGAGGUGCCAUCCAGAAGAGAUCGAGGAGGGUGAUUUGCUGAACGAAGCAUGGCCUACUGUUAAACUCACAAAAGCCAGAGACCAGCAUGAAUAUGAUUUCCUCUCCAAAAUGGGAGACAAAGAUUUUAUUUGUAUUAGAGAUGACAUGGAAUCUAGAGCAGUUAUGUUGAGGCUUGCGAAUGAGAAAGGGUGGAAAACGGCUUUACAAAUUGUAGGAAAUAAUGACAAAAUGAUGGAAAAAGGAAGAGAGAUGGGUUUUAUGACUCUUCCUCAUCAUCAGACUCUGACAACAAAGGUUCCUUUAGGAAAAAUAGAAAGAGAGGUAAAAGGAUAUACUCCUUUCGAGGUAGAGAAGACCUUAAGUCCUCAGAUCGUUCCAGGGGAAUCACCUGUUUUAACUGUGGAGGUUUUGGCCAUAUCGCAACAAACUGCCCUUCAGCAAAUGCGAAGUCCCUCUCCAGAACCCAAAAGGAAGAUUGACUACACUCAGCCUCAGGCAAUGGGUUUAGUAGAAAUCAAGUCCUCAGAGACAGGGAAUCCCCCUGUGGGUCUCUGCGGAGUGGUGGCCGACACUAAUGCAUAUACAAGUCGACCAGUUAGUGCUUCCACCUCCACAAAUAACAUUCAUAAAGGGUCUGUCAGAAGUAGUAGAACCAUAGAAAAACCCAGAGUAGUGUUUUCUAGCAAUAAGAGUAAAUUAGUUAGUAAACUGUUGGUUAAGGCUCAGUCCUUAUUUAGUAAAGCAUUCUCUAGAGGUUGGAAUAACUGUUUGGACAAGGCUUGGAGCAUAUUUCUCAGUUUUUGUAAAAUUACUAAGCAAAAGGCUCUACCUUCCUCUGUGAAUACACUUGUCUCCUGUCUUAUAUGGCUAGACUUGACUCAUGCUUUUGCGAAGUGCACAGAUAUCUUAGCUGCAGUGUCAAAGGAACAUUUAAAUGCUCAAUUCCCAGACCCUUCAAAGGCAUACAAAAGAUUUAUAUCAAUCAGACCAAAAACCUCAGAGAACUGUCCUCUCUUUCUUUCUAGACAAGGCAAGCAGUUAACUGUGAGUGCGAUUGGAGCAAUUGUUAAAAGGCUUGCCAAACAUUCGGGUCUAGAAGGCUGCUAUACAGCACAUAGCAUUAGGAUAGGAGGAGCAACAGCAGCUAUGGAAGCUGGUCUUUCCCUCACCCAGAUAAGAGCAAUUGGCAGUUGGGACAGUAAGGCAGUUAUGCUGUACCUAACACUAGUAGGAACAACACAAAUGCAAGUUUCUAGGAAGAUGG